AUGUUUCCGCAGUUCUACAGCGAAAAAUGCCGGUUAAAUGCAAAUAUAAGGAUAGGUGUUACCAUUCAGUUGGCAGACAGGUCUAUUGUGCAUCCCGAAGGUGUCCUCAAGGACGCACCAGAUCCAAAAUUAAAACCACUUCUCGAGCGUUUCAAAUUCACAUUUUUGGAGAAUGAUGAGACCAUUGCUUACUUAAAAGGGAUCAACCCCUUGGAGGAAAAUACGGAACCAAAGAAAGAGAACUGUUUUGGUGAAAUAAUUUGGGUCUGUGUGGCUGAAACUUUCGAUGUUCGAAGGAUUUUAUCAGAGAUCUUAGAAUCUCUAACUAGAAAACCUUGUGAAAUCAAGAAUGAUGAUGUUGUGGUUAGAGAAAUACAGAAGAAGUUGAAAGGCAAAAGCUUCCUUCUUGUGCUUGAUGAUGUGUGGGAUGAGGAUAUUAAAAACUGGGGGGACUUAAAAGGUAGUUUGUUGGGGAUAAAUGAAAGUAAACAAAGUUGCAUUCUUGUUACUAGUCGUAGUGAAAAUGUGGCAGUGGUGAAAGAAACCCUCCCUGAGUACAGGCAUCAUCUGAAGACAAUGGUGGAUGAGGAGUGUUGGUCCAUAAUCAGAGAUAGUGCCUUCGGAAACUCUUCUGUAUCACAAGAAUUAGAAGUUAUAGGGAGGGAUAUUGCCCGUAAAUGUUCAGGUGUGCCAUUGGUGGCAAAUGUUAUAGGGAGCACAAUGUGCAACAGAUGGGAUAGGGAUGAAUGGGUGUCACUCAGGGAUAGUUCUCUUUGGGGUUCUUUGGAAAGGAAUGAAGGGAUUGUACGUGUUCUGAAAUUGAGUUUUGAUCGCUUGUCUUCCCCAUCUUUGAAGCAGUGUUUUGCAUAUUGUUCCAUCUUUCCUAAGGAUUUUAGGAUCCAAAAGGACCAAUUGAUCCAGCUUUGGAUGGCUGAAGGCUUUCUUCAGCAAUCCAGGAUAAGUUCCCAGCAGCCGGCCGUUGAGGAUAUCGGCAAUGAAUACUUCAAUGCGUUGCUAUCAAAUUCCUUAUUGCAGGAUGUGGAGAGGGAUCAAUACGGUCGCAUUACAACAUGUAAGAUGCAUGAUUUAGUUCAUGAUCUUGCACAAUCCAUUUCUCAUAUUAGACAAGGAAACAUCGUUAAUGGUGUGAGACUGUGGCACUCUUUGUUCUCCAAUUCUAGCUCCAUCCAUGCUGUAAGGGACUUCAAAAGCUUACGAGUUCUUAUUUUUUGCGGUGCUCCCAUUGUCUCCUUGUCACACUCAAUUGGCAGGCUAAAGCAUUUAAGAUACUUUGACAUUUCAAGAACUUACAUUUGUAGAUUACCAAAGUCCAUCAGCCAGCUUUACCAUUUGCAGACAUUAAGAUUAUCGGGUUAUGAAGGGCACAUGCCUGAAGGAAUGGAAAAUCUAGUAAAUUUGAGGCAUCUGUAUAUUGGUCAUUAUAGAACUGUUCCUUAUAAGAUAGGAUGUCUAACUAAUCUUCAAACUUUGCCAAUAUUUAGAGUGGGUACAGAAAGGGGAAGUAGAAUUGGUGAAUUGGGAGGUUUAGUUGAACUUGGCGGAGAACUAGUCAUAUUCAAUCUUCAGAAUGUUAGAAAUGAAGGAGAAGCUAGGGAAGCAAAAUUGUUGGAGAAAAAGAAACUACAUGAGUUAGAAUACCUUUGGGGCUAUAACAGGGAAGAAUCUUGCAACGACGAGGAAGUACUGGAAGGAUUGGAACCUCACUCAAAUUUGAAAAGCUUAAGUAUUAUGUACUAUAAUGGAAGGCACUAUCCAUCAUGGUUGGCAAGGUUUACUAAUAUUAGUGGUCCAAGUGCUUGUUUUCAACCCAUCAAUUUGGUGAAGUUGAAGCUGUCUAAUUGUAAGAAUUUAGAGAAACUGCCAACUCUUGGGCACUACCCCAAUCUCAAAAUUCUUGAAGUAGAAGGUUUAAAUAAUGUGAGGUGCAUUGGAAAAGAAUUUUAUGUCAGUGAUGAUGACAGUAGUUCUGAUAAGAAUAAGCCAAUCACCUUAUUUCCAGCAUUGGAAAAGUUGAGCCUGUGGAAUAUGGAAGAAGUAGAAGAAUGGUUAGAAGUGGAACCAACAGUUACUGUGUUUCCUUCACUAAAAGAGCUACAUAUUGAAGGUUGCUGCAAGCUAAGCAGUGUUCCAAGAAUGAGUAGACUUUCUUGUCUUGAGGCACUCACUAUUACAGGUAACAAUGCAUUAAGUUGUAUAGGAGAUGAACAAUUUCCCUUUCCCUCUAGCCUCAAAAAAUUAACCAUACAGAGGUGCUAUAAGUUAACGACAGUUCCAAGUGUAGAGGGCGGUAUCUCUUUUCUUCAGCAUCUUGAGGUGAAGCUUUGUGACCGGUUAUGUAAAAUAGGACAAGGAUUACUUACUUCCACAUGUCUAAGAGUUGUGGUCAUAUGUGACUGUCCUAAUUUGAUCUCCAUUCCAGUAUAUGGCAUAUCUGAAUCUCUUGUGAAGCUUGAGUUGGAUCAUUGUCGAAGAUUACGGGAGGUAGAGGGUGCGUUAUCUGCAUUCACAAGGUUGGAAACAUUACGGAUAGGAAACUGUCUUAAUCUGAUUCCCAUUCCCCUUCCCAGUUUAGAUUUUUUCUCCUCUCUUAUACAAUUAUCGCUGGAAGGAUGUCACAGAUUAACGAGUCUACCAAGUGGAUUGCAAAGCUGUACUUGUCUUCAGUUUUUGGUCGUGGACUAUUGCACUGAUCUGGAGUCGAUUCCAGAAGAUUUAGGGCGAUUGCAUUCUCUGAAGGAACUGUGUAUCUUGAGUUGUCAAAACUUGAAGAGUGUUCCAGAGGACAGCCUUAGGUGCCUCACCCGUUUGAAGACAUUGAAAUUGGGUCCUUUCUCACAAGAGCUAGAUGAAUUCCCAGGUCUUAGUUCCAUCCACCACCUCCACUCUUCCCUUGAAAUUUUGACAUUGAAUGGAUGGGAAAAACUAUGCUCGCUGCCUUAUCAACUUCAACACCUAGCCGCACUAAAGUAUUUAAUUAUUUCUGGAUUUGAUGGAGUCACAACUUUACCUGAGUGGUUGGGAAACCUCUCCUCUCUUCAAGAUUUGACAAUAGAUUUUUGUCGAAAUCUUGAGCAUCUGCCAUCUAAGGGAGCCACAUAUCGCCUCUCCAAUAUUCAACAUCUUUCUAUUACAAACUGUCCAAGAUUAAAAGGAGACCGAACUUACAUCAGCAAGAGGUUCAAGAUCCCUGCCAACCAAAUCGAAGUCUAUGAACAUUAA